GCGGCCACGCGAGACGGUCUCGUUACAAGCUGUGGUUGUAGCCAACGACGUUCAACACCUCUGAGCGCUAGACACUCGUGCGCUGCAGCACCAUGACACCGCUGCCGUGUCUCGCUUGGAUCGCAUUGCUUGUUUUCACCUGCGACUCCGUCGUCACUGGACGUCCUAUUCGUAAUGGUACAGCUACAACUGUAGCCUCCACCAAUAGGCCCACAACGCUGGUCACAUCACCAACCACGGAGUCGUACGAAGAACAGCCUCCGCCAUGGCGCCAGUCGGGGUCGUUGGCCGAUGGCGUACGUCAUCAUCCCUCACUGACUCUACUGAGCUUCGACCCCGGCUGCCGAAAACGGGUCUUCUGUGAGGCGGCUCGUACCCUCACCUACGCGUUCCCCUUGUCCAGGUCGUGGCAUGGAGAAGUCAGGGAGAGGCCCGUGCCAACAAACGAGUACUUCGCCGCGUGGUCCAAAGGACUGCUGGGCCACGACUGCUCUCACCUGUACCAGGACUGCUCGGACAGUCCGGCCGGCUGGGUGAUGCCCCUGGUCAGGGAGGCCAUCGGACCGAGGGGAUUUGUAGGAGCGUUCAUCGAGCGCCUGGCCGCUGCCUCAGUGCGGCACGCCAUCGUAGGCCACGGUGCACCGCCCCGACCCUCCCUAGUCAUGGAAAAGCUGCGCAAGGGCGAACGACGAUUGGCCGAUGCCGUCGAGCCACCCAUGCCGUCCAUCGAGUUUACACCCCGUUGAAGAAAAAUUGAACUCGCCGUGACGACCACUUCUCGCAGGAAGUACUGAAGUGCUGUGCAUAUAUCAUGACACGUGUGACGAGAUGCUUUGCCCUGCUUCCCGUUAUGAACAGGCUGCGGCAGUAAGCCGUGAGCAUGACCAUUCGGCUAAACGGACUUUCGACGUACCGGUCUCCUUUCAGAAGACUUGGUUUCAGGCCUUACUGCACUAAGAUUGACUCUGAAAUAAAGUUCUAUCUUAUUAUUACUUUCACGACAUUGUACUUGCUUACCUCAAUAACGAGGACGUUAUUAUAAUCAGGGAGUCCUAUACACGACCCUUCCCCUCUUGGAGUGUAUCUCCUCCACAGGACAUAUGCAGAAAACGAAGCGAAACAACCCCCCUCCCUCACAGACCCCCUCCCCGU